UUUGAAACGUCUGAUUUUUGUGUAGUAAAAAUUUCAGUCAUAUAUAUUAUUUUAAAAACACGUAAUCCCAAAAUAGAAUAGAAAAAUAUCGCACAAAUAAGUUUGUGUCAUAGCGGCCGUUUUACGGCGAUUGGUAAAUUAGGGGUAAAUUUUUUUACAUAAAUGAAUAAUGUCGUUGCGGUCGAAGGCCCUAGCGCUGGUGGAAGUGUUGCUACGGGUACCGCCGCUGUUUGUUGUCGAUGAGUUCCUCAAGAUCAGUUUGGGCCUGCCCGUGUCCACCGGCGAAGAAGUGUCCGUCCUUUCCAACGUCACCGACGACCACGUCGAUAUUUCGGAUGCAGAGGCUAUCUAUUACGACGCCAAUUUCUACAACGCGUUUUUCUUCAUAUUUCUCAAAUUUCUCGUCUGCUGUUUAGGAUGUAUGUCAGCCCUCUGCAUUUUCGUGUUGUGCACGAAACACCUGAUUAUUGUGUACCUCUACUUGAUGUCCCUCGGUAUUGUCUUCAUCUCCUACUGGACUAAUGUAUCUGCUAUCAAGCAAAUCCAGGCACUGACGUUAUCUGCGGUAUCCACUCAACCCUCUGCGAGUAUUCUAGAAGAUAUUCUCAACCUAAACCUCAAGAACCUACUUGACCUCGAUGGCCCAGGUAUCCUGGUCAUACAAAACUUCGCGAUACAGUUCACCCUAUCAGUUAUCUUCAGAAAUGUUCACCUUGGACCGCGCCAUCAGACAGUCCAGAAGUUAUUACCGAUCACGUUUAUGGCACCAUCAUUUUUGGCAAUGCUCCCAGUACCUCCUCAUCUUUUACAUCAUUCACCAGUGUUCUCAGCGCUUUUACCUUUGUGUCUAGUCAAAUAUGUCCUUUGGUCUUCAGCUUAUGACGUCAUACAAGUGAUUUACGCUGGGUAUCAACAUGGGAGGCUAUUUGUAAGCAACUUCGGGCUCUCUGCUCUUGUGGAAACUGAAUGGAUUCGUUUAAAUAUACCUUGUGUACUGAGAGUGUUUUGGGUGCUAAGAGUUGCGGAACAUGCCAUGUUACUUCUCAUGGAAAACUACGAUGAAGACAGCGAUGAAGGAUUAAAAGUCUCCACAUUACUAGCGGUCCAGUCUGUCGCGUCGAUGGCUAAAUCUUUGCUAGUAACAGGAUGUGAGACUAUCACCGCCGUUCUCGGCAUGACCUCCGUUAUCUCCUUCUUCUGUCAUUAUAUCGGGAGCUUCUUCCAGUGGAUCCUGCUGACAGAUGAAGAAGAAGACAAGAGUAUAGGAACUGUGUCUGCUAUACUUUUCUAUAUACUCGCCUUGCAGACUGGUUUGACAACUUUGAAUCCCGAGAAGCGAUUCGUAAGAUUAUGCCGAAAUUUCUGUUUGCUGUUCACGGCCCUGUUACACUUCUUGCACAAUAUUGUUAACCCUAUGUUAAUGUCGCUAAGCGCUUCGCACAAUCCUAGCACCCACCGGCACGUGAGAGCAUUAGGCGUUUGCGCCUUUCUAAUAACGUUCCCGAUUUCAUUACUAGUAUAUCUAUGGUCACAGCACACGAUUUCUACCUGGCUUUUGGCUGUCAGCGCUUUUAGCAUCGAAGUUAUCGUGAAAGUAAUUGUUAGCCUCAUGAUAUACUCACUAUUUUUAAUAGACGCAUACAGAAGCACAUUCUGGGAACAGUUGGACGAUUAUGUUUAUUACAUACGUGCGUUCGGGAAUACAAUAGAGUUUUGCUUUGGAAUCUUCCUGUUCUUUAACGGCGCUUGGAUUCUGCUGUUCGAAUCUGGAGGAGCGAUUCGAGCGGUCAUGAUGUGUAUUCACGCCUAUUUCAAUAUUUGGUGUGAAGCGCGCGCCGGUUGGUCGGUGUUUAUGAAACGACGUACGGCAGUUAAUAAGAUAAACUCGCUAAGAGAGGCUUCAGUGCAGCAGCUCGAUCGCUUGGACGAUGUGUGUGCCAUCUGCUACCAAGAGAUGCACUCAGCCAAAAUAACGCGUUGCAACCACUUCUUCCACGGAGUUUGCCUAAGAAAAUGGCUCUAUGUGCAGGACCGUUGUCCGCUUUGCCAUGACAUUCUUUAUAAGAUAGACAACGAUCCGACCAAGGACAACAAUUCAGAGGCUAGCAAUGAAGAUAACAGCAAUCAAAACAUUAUCUUGGACGACGAAGAUCCAGAUCUCUUGCUUGGUGAAGGUGUAAGAUGACUGACCGAUGAAGACUUACUCAAUUUAGAAUAAUUUAAACAUAGUUUAAUCGUGUUUUUCAGUGGUAUUUUUGUAUAUUUUAUCAGGUGCAACUGUGAUUAAAAAUUUGUCUUUGUGAUGGAUGAUGUGUGAUUAGGUGUAAGUCUCGGACGCUUGUGGCGAUUUUCUAUUGUUGUCUAAAAUCUGCGAAAAUUGCUAGUGCAAACAAAAAUAUUGAUGUCUAUAAUAUACGGAGCUAUUUGUAAAUAGUUUUAGAAAUAGCUUUUAAUAUACAGAGUCUAAUUGAUAGCAAAAUAUAAAAAUAGUAAUUUUCUCACUAAAAUGUAAAUAAACUAUAAUUUAG